AUGGCGACGAUAAUGGCACCGGUCGAGUUGCCUACAGGCCGAAGAUCCUAUCUGAACACAGCCCCUCUACCUGAUAUUCACGACCCGAACUGGAUACCUAUACUGGAUGGAGCAUCUUUCAAACCUCCCUCUCCCUCGGUCGAGAAAGAGCUUUCGCCAUACCAAAAUGCUUCCUUCCCUCCUUCAGCAUCGUUUUCCCUGUUUCCUGGCCAGGCAACCUCUCCCAAACUGCGGCAAGGCGUCUCUCACAACUACUCCAAGAGCUCACUGGCUCCCGAAAGCGUAGCUUCGGAAUCGAGAUCUCAAAGCCCUCAAGAAACCGUCGAACCGGUUCCUCCGAUCAGCGAUGCCGUACGGCUGACACAUCCCGAAAGAUCGGGACAUCAUCGACGUCCUACAUCAAUGGGGGGGGCUUCCAUCGAAGAAAAGAUUUCGGUCCGGACAGAAACUCCUGGGGACAUGGUCCCGAGCGCUGCUAGCACCGACGGUACAUCAAGUGUGGUGGAAGAUCAGACCCCUAGCAACCCGGAAACCACCGGUUCAGAGGAGGCCAUGAUCAGUCCCUCAUCACGGUCUUCCAUGGCAUCUUCACGAAAGGGCCCAGUGUUCCCUCCAACCUCCAAGUACAAUCGCAAACCUGUCUUGUCAAUGGCUGGCUCUAUAGCCCCAUCCAUGAGCCGACCUUCUUUCAUACCAAGUCUCCCCCAAACUCCUGCAGAAUCACCUCGCCUAGGACCUUCCGUACCAAUUAUGCCAGCAGCAAACCCGAUAACACAGCUUCCACCUUCUCCCAGGCUAAUCCCAUUGGAACCCCCUCCACCUCCACCACCCCCUCCACCACCACAACCAGAAUCUACCACUCCUAAGCUUCAGGCCAUGAAAUCGACAGCUUCGGAAAGACGCCAGCGAGCUUUACACUCGCAUCCAUCUAACAUUUCACUCCGAUCGCGGCGCAACUCAAGUUCAGACGAUGCGGAAAUCAUUGUCAAACCACCUUCAGUGCGCCAUAAACCUCGCAAGUCAACCGACUCUCGCCCAACCACUCCCCGAUCGACAAUCUAUGAUUCGCAGACUCCCACUCCAGCUCCUACUGCACCAUUACCCCAGCUACCUCCUCAAGCACGAAGACCAUCGACACAUGUCAGUGAGUCGCGAAGGUCGCCUCAAUUGCCCUCAGCUGAAAACCCCGUUCCUUCCAUGCACGCCUUCAAACCUUCACAACAUUCAGAAUUGGCAUCAUUCAUGACCACUGAGAACACUGUGGUAUUCCGAAGAUUUGACGAAGUCCACGUUCAACUUCUCCUCUGUCUGCAAGACGAGAUUGCACAACUGGAGAAGGAGCUCUUGGAACUAGAAAACCCAAAUGCUUCUGGCACCGCUUCCGAGAAGCUCCUGAAAAGAUCGAGGGUACUGCGGGAGUUGAGGAAAGUCGUUGCGGAGUAUGAUAAUAUGCUUUCGACCUGGAACAAGAUGAAAGAGAUGAGCGUGGACGAAAAGACCAGUGGAGACUUGAAACAGUGGCUUGAGAAACCACGAGAGGGUUCUGAAUCUGGCCUGGGCAUCGAGGUGCAGCAAGACCUAGCCUGGGCUCAGAGCACCAAGGACCUGAGCAGCAUCUCACUC